GCGUUUUAUACGUGCCCUCCUUUUUGGAGCCAAUCCCUGUUCGGAUAAACAAAAUAUUGCGUCACUGUUAUUGUGCUAGUUGAGACUCCAGCUGGUUGGGGACAUUUCGCCACCAUUUCACCUACAGUUCAGGCCUUUAAAGCUGUGUUUCCGAUUAAAGUUCGUCACACGGCACAGCGCAAAUGUCGCUUCAAAAGGACGCGUCAUCUGACGAGAGUUUGCAAGGUUCCUGGGUAGAGCUGCAUUUCAGUGGAACUGGCUCCCAAGGUACCAGUCAUCGAGGAAGCCAGGAGCACAUUCCCACGUCCAGUCAGCAGGGGGACGUGGAGAAAAUGCUCCUAGAAGCGCAACACGAGUCAGGCAGGAGCAGCUCCAAAGGAAGUUCCCAGUGCAACAGCCCACUCAGAUCACAGACUCCCCUUCUUCUGUGGAGAGGCUCAGAAGGAAACAGCUCUCAGUCAGAUGAAGACUUCCAAGAGAGAAGACGUGAAGUGGAGAGUCUGAUGAAGAAAAAUGCCGACUGGAUAUGGGACUGGUCAAGUCGGCCCGAGAACAGUCCGCCAAAGGAGUUCCUGCUGAAGAACCCCAAGCGCUCGACCUCGCUCAGCAUACGGAACACCAGUGUCAUGAAGAAGGGCGGCAUCCUCUCCGCCGACUUUCUGAAGAUAUUCCUUCCCUCGUUAAUCAUCUCUCACAUUCUCGCUGUUGGCUUGGGGAUAUUUAUUGGGAAGCGCCUAACUUCCCACAACACCUACUGAGCGAGGUGCCGAUGCGUUUAGGGACGGCGCGGUACGACCCGCUUGGCAUGCCUUAUUAAAUUGGGACCUGUGCCAUGUGACCUGUGAUUCUGACUGAUUGCCCGACGCCAGCAUGAAGAGCUGAGGAUCUCUCACUGCUGUGUUGUUGAAUGCACCACAACCAAUCGCCCUGUCCAUGAUGUGUUCACUGCUAACUGAGAUGAUCGUUUUGCUGCUUACCGCUCCUUGCACAUGCAUGUUAUGGGACAAAUAUAUAUUAUAUAUAUAUAUAUAUAUAAAUAAUAUAAAUCACUUCUUUUUUAUUUAAAUAAAAUCUGAUUUCAUUUAUUGUGACGUGCUGAAUUUGCUAUUCUUCUUAGAUCAGCCUUGUGACAAAAAUUAGUAGGAAAAUCGUUAGCUCAGUGUUGAUAAUCAGAAACAGCUAAGUGUAAUAAUAAUAAAAUAUGUUAGAAUUUUAAGGAAAUUGGAAGUACAUUUAAUAAAUAAAUCAGCAAGUGUCUUUGUUAUUCCCAAUAAUCUAACAUAUAGAUAAUUAAAUGUUACACAGGUUAUAUGACAAAACCAAAUCUGUUUGAUAGAUUUCGUUUUGCAGUGCACUGUGAAAUAACAGUCCAGGUUUGGAUUCACACAGGAAAUGUGACCGAAGUUCUAGAUGCGUCUGUGUAUGUCGUUUCUUCCAUCCCUGACUCCAGGUGAAGUGAGCGAAUUGUUAAUCUCCAAAUUCCUCAAUAGGCUUUGAUUCAUAAUUCUCUAAAGGCUGCAGUUAUUUUUCUCUCACUUUUUCCCACCACUAAACUUUCCCACAUAUAUGCUUGGACUCAACACUCUUGUCCAAUGAGCAGGUAGAGACCCACAUCAGUGACUCUUAAUGGCUCAGAACCAGUGAAAAUAAUUACUGAUAAUUAUGUUGUUUGGAGAGUAAAAUGCAGCUUUAAAUAUACAUUUCUUUUAUCAAUAUUUCAUGUCUUGCAUAUUUAAUGCUACAUUUGCUUUUAAAUGUGUUAGGAUCUACUGAAUUGUGCAACGUUUGGACCCCUGCAGUGUGGAGGCUUGUAUUAAGCAUUAAUGUGCCUGACGGACUUCCAACUCUUUACCACGCAUAACAAAAAAGAAAAGGAAAACAUGCAGAUGAACACAAUUAAAAUUUUAUUGAACUUUGGUCAAAAUAAUAAACAAGUGAAUACAUUGCCACCAUGUUAGGAAUCAAUGGACAAAGACAAUGCAUUAUUAUGUGUUUGUAACGUCAUCAGUAUACGUUUUGUGUCGUCAACCUUCAUGUCUGCAUUCACAACUACAAAGAUCCACGUUUGCAGUAUGUGGUUCAGAUCUGGGUGGCAUCCCUAAUCAAAUGGAAAAAAAAAAAAAAAAAAAGGAAAAACAAACCAAACAAAAAAAAAAAGGGCACAUGUAUGAGGCCUGUCUUUGUUUUCUACUUAUUACAAGAUUUGGAGGCACUCUAUCACAUAAACUGUAUGUAUGGUGUGCAAUUUUCCUCCUUUGUGUGUUUUCAUAGACAGCCACGUGUAGCAGCAGUGUAUGAGGACAAAACUCUAUAAAAUAGGAUUUACAAAUAAUGCACAUGAGGUUCGUAUAACGCUCGGGGACGCAACUCGUAGCUGUCACUGGUUGAA